CCAAUCUCAUGAGGCUCAAUCAGCCAUCCUAUGGAAACCUUCCAUUCCAUCUUCAAAUCUUCUUCACUCAAUCAUUUCAUCAUAUCAUUCAUAUUACUCUCUGCUGCCCUCUUCCCUUCACUGUACCAUUUUCUCUUAAAACUUCUCAUCUAUUUUUCUCCUCUUCUGUCCUCCACAGCAAUAUCUUUAAUGGCACUCUAUCUGUUCAUUCUUUCAAAAGAAAAACCAUACAGAGAGAUACUGUGCAUUGAAGGGGAGAAGGGAAGUGGAGUAGUAGUUCAAGUUUGUGAAGAAGCUAACUUCAGCUUGUAUAAAGAUCAUAUUAGAGCAGGUUUUCUUUUCCUGAAAGGUGGUGAGAAAUUGAAUAGUGGGUUGGAAGAAGAUGAUGCUGUGGUAUUUGGAGGGAAGGUUGCUGUGGGAAGAAAUAUUGGUGAAUUUGUUGAUAGUAUUGGUUCUUAUGAAGUGGAUUGCUUGGCUGAAGGAUUGUGGAACUGUUACUUUGGGAGGUUUUCAAAAUGGAACCAUAUUGAGAGUGUUUCGAAGGAAGAAAGUGACGCGGGUGAAGAGGAGGGGUCUCUUUAGGGCAGCUUUGUUAUCGCUUUACGUUCCAAACUAUUGAAACCGUUUUGUUUGGCUGUUACUUUUUUGCUGCUUUUUUUUUUAGAAAUUUUUGAAGCAAAAGCUUCUAUUUAUAAUCAGAUAAGUAGCGUGACGACUACAAGGAAGUUGUUGUUGACUUUUUCGUACAAAGAAAUACGUAUAAUAUUUACAAUAAUUUAAAAAAAAAAUUAUUUUUCUCAUAA